AUUUCCUAUUGGAUAUUGUGUUUAACCUGCAUCAAUUUAACAUUGAAUAGUUCAUUUUUAAACUCUUUAAUUAAUUAGUUAUUAUUAUUAUUAUCAUUUAUAAAUAUAAUUUAAGUUACAAUUUAGUGUAUCCAAAUUUACUUCCAUAAAUAACAUGAUCCACAGUAAAGCUUGCGCUCGUUUAAUUAACCUCUACUCAUCAUCAUCUUUAACCCAUAAGUUGGUUGCCAUCUCAAGCUACCAUGCAAAUCGUCCUUCAAAUUAUCAACGUCGAUUCUAUUCAAGCGAAGGUGAAAAAGAUUUAGUUGUCAUUGGUUCUGGUCCUGGAGGCUAUGUUGCUGCCAUCAAAGCUGCCCAAUUGGGCAUGAAAACAGCCUGUGUAGAGAAGAAUGAAUCCCUUGGUGGAACAUGUUUAAAUGUCGGCUGUAUUCCGUCCAAAGCUCUCCUGAAUAACUCUCAUAUGUACCAUCAAGCACACGGAGGAGAACUUAAUGACCGAGGUAUUGAAUUUACCGGUGUCCAGCUCAACUUGGAAAAGUUGAUGAACCAAAAGUCUAAUGCUGUGACCACUUUGACUCGAGGUAUUGGUAUGUUGUUCCAAAAAAACCAGGUUGAACGUUUCCAUGGGGCUGGUAAAAUCACUGGCAAAAAUGAAGUGACAGUUGUUAAAUCUGAUGGAUCUACAGAAACGAUCAAGACCAAAAACAUCCUUAUUGCCACCGGUUCAGAAGUAUCACCUUUCCCAGGAAUAGAAAUUGAUGAAGAACAAAUUGUUUCUUCAACUGGAGCGUUGUCUCUCAAAAAAGUUCCAGAGAAAAUGAUUGUUAUAGGUGCCGGUGUUAUUGGUGUUGAAUUGGGAUCUGUGUGGUCGCGACUUGGUGCUGAUGUUACCCUAAUUGAGUUCAUGAGUAAUAUUGGUGGACAAGGAAUUGACUUAGAGGUAGCUAAAAAGUUCCAAAGGAUUUUAGCUAAACAAGGUCUCAAGUUUAAACUGAACACCAAAGUUACUUCAGCCAGUAAAACUGGUUCAGGUGUUCAAGUCACAGUGGAACCAGCUAAAGGUGGAUCAUCUGAAUCUCUUGAUUGUGAUGUCCUUCUAGUUUGUGUUGGUCGAAGACCUUACACUGAAGGAUUAGGACUUGAAGAGAUAGGAGUUGCAAAAGAUGAAAGAAAUAGAAUCGUUGUUAACUCACGAUUUCAAACAAAUAUUCCUAAUAUAUAUGCAAUCGGUGAUUGCGUACCUGGACCUAUGUUGGCUCACAAAGCUGAGGAUGAAGGAAUUAUUUGUGUAGAAGGAAUUGCCGGUGGCCCUGUUCAUAUCGACUACAAUUGUGUUCCAUCUGUUAUUUACACUCACCCAGAAGUUGGUUGGGUUGGAAAAUCUGAAGAGGAUUUGAAAAAAGCAGGAAUCGAAUAUAAAGUUGGAGUCUUCAAUAUGUCUGCCAAUAGUAGAUCUCAAACAAAUAACGAUAUCGAUGGGUUCGUGAAAAUUUUAGGAGAUAAAAAUACUGAUCGAUUGCUAGGAGCUCACAUUGUAGCUUCAGUUGCCGGUGAAUUGAUCAACGAAGCUUGCUUGGCUAUGGAAUACGGGGCUUCUUGUGAAGAUGUUGCUCGCGUUUGUCAUGCCCAUCCAACUGUUUCUGAAGCUUUCCGAGAAGCUAAUUUGAUGGCGUUUAGUGGUAAAGCGAUCAACUGUUAAUUUAAUUUAAACAUUAAAUUUUUGCUUGUAAAUUUACAAAGUUAAACUCACAAAAAAGCCUAGUCUUAACCAGUUUUAGAAAAAACCUAAUUCUAUUCAAAUUGAUUCAUUGUCAUUACGGAUUUGAAAGUAAACUUUCGCGUUAAUAUUUUUUACCUGAAAGUAAAGAAGAAAAUUCAAGACACAUAUAUUUGAAAAAAUAGAUCAUUUACUAAUUUGUCUUCUCAACACAAUGACAGACAGAAUCAAGUGGAAUUAGGCAAUAAACAUCGUACGAUUUUUCAAAUUGAUAAGAUUCUGUAUCAAUCAUCUGAUCAACCUGUUGAUAGAUAAAGAGAUAUUAUUUUCAGUAAAAAUGUAAUUAAUCAAACAAUUGGACUCAAUGGACUAACCUUUCUUUCCCAUGGACAUUUUCAUUCCCAUUCCCAUUGGCAUGGAUGAACCCCAACCCCAACCUCCACCACCUCCACCCAUCAUCAUCAUUGGAGCCAUUUUUUGCAUCAUCAUCGGUUGCAUCUUCAUUGAUUGCAUCUUCAUUGGCUGCAUCAUCAUUGGCUGCAUCAUCAUGGACUUGGCUUGAUACAUUUUUGACUCCUCUGGAUACAUAACCGGAACCUUUUUAAAUUUGAUCGUUUCAAUGGCAACAACUUUAACACCGCAACCUCCUUUGCCAUCUUUCAUCCCGGUUGAACACAAUUGGAUUAAAUUGACGGCAACAACCAAAGAAGCGAAAUAAUAUAUCACAGUUUUGGCCAUAUUGUACAAGAUGGAAAGACACUUUAAAGAUAACGUUGAUGGUGACUAAAUGAACUAAAAGUGAAAAUUAACUCGAAUUUAUAACUUUUUGUAAUCUCAACAAUUUUAAUGGGAAUGGUAAUGGUUAACAGUUGCUGAUUAGUUUGAUUGUAAUCGUAAACUGGUUAAAAAUAGCAAAAAUCAUUUACUAUUUAAAUGAUUUCACAAGAAAACAAAGACCUUUUCUGCACUUCAUGCCUUUCAAUGAUAUACAAUAGAGGGAAGACGGUCAAUGGAACGAGAAAAAUAAUUAAAUUAUAAUUUACAUCUACAAAUUAGAUUUGAAGGUAAAUCAAUCAACUGGUUUUUGACCCCAAUCAGUUUCUUUGAUUCAAUCCAAUUGAAAAGGAACAUUUAUCCGGACAAUUGAAAUCUUUUGUAUUGACCUUGGUACAUAUUUACCUUGAUUGUCAUAAAAUAUUACUUUAUGUAUGAAAUUUCAGCAAUAUUAGAAUAGUUAUUAAUAAUAGUAGUCUGAUAAUUUUAAUCAUUAA